AUGCGCUUCUUGAACUUAUUCGGUUUUGGCCUUGCAUGGCUAGCUAUUGAGUCGGCCCAGUUUCCGACUGAGGGCCGCAAUGUCAACUCGAAGACGACGGCAAAUAUCCAGAGCCGGUCAGGCUGGGAUGAUUUACCCACAUUUGAAUUGAGCGAGCUCAGCAAGAGUGGGUAUCCGGAAGACGGGGUCACGUCCUUUAAUGUUAAGAUCGAUCCCAAAACGGCCGAAGCAAAGAAGCUCAGUUCAAACGAAAUCUGGGUCAGGAUCUCUUAUGCAGUCAAUACCGAGCUCGAGGUCCAUAAAGCCCUCCAGGCAGAAGACAUUACGCCCCAGAUUCUGGCCAUCGUCAACCUCGAGGGUGUGAGGGUGGGCUUUGUUUCUGAGUACCUAAAGUUGGCCCGCCAGGCGGAGCGAAAGGAGGACAAAGAUGCAUGCCGCGAAGUCCUCGAGACAAUGCACAAGAAGGGCUGGGUGCAUGGAGAUCCGAAUACUGGGAAUUUCCUCAUCCUGGGCAAGAAAGUCUAUGUCAUUGACUUUGAAACCGCUGAAAAAGCGACCAGCGAUUUGAUCAUAGUCGACUUUAAGAGAUUCGAUACCGCCUUUUGGUAG